CUCGAUUUCCUCCGGCCCAUCCAGCUCGAUCUCUCCAGAAAGUUCCACGCUGAAGAGCAGCUAUAAGGACCAGCCAUCUUCCUAGGAACCGGCAUCACUUCACGCAGACUCCACACUAGUCUCGAAGAAGACAAUAAGACCACCAGUAGGCUGUCAUCAUGGUUCGCGAAACAGGCUACUACGAUCUCCUUGGUGUGGGAUCCAAAGCGUCUGCGGACGAAAUAAAGAAAGCCUACAGGAAACUGGCAUUAAAAUAUCACCCGGACAAGAACCCUAACGAGGGAGAGAAGUUCAAGCUUAUAUCGCAAGCAUAUGAUGUGCUUUCGGAUCCAAAAAAGAGAGAUCUGUAUGACCAAGGUGGGGAACAAGCAAUUAAAGAAGGCGGCAUGGGUGGAGGGUCAUCUCCCAUGGACAUUUUCAACAUGUUCUUUGGAGGCGGGGGAAGGAUGCAGAGAGAGAGGAGAGGGAAGAACAUUGUCCACCAGUUGAGUGUUACGCUGGAGGACAUGUACAACGGCUCCACAAGGAAGCUGGCCCUCCAGAAGAAUGUCAUAUGUGAAAAAUGUGAAGGUUACGGUGGUAAGAAAGGUGCCUUGGAGAAAUGCUCCAGCUGUAAAGGAAGAGGAGUGCAGAUCAAGGUGCAGCAGAUAGGACCGGGCAUGAUUCAGCAAAUUCAGAGCAUGUGCGGAGAUUGCCACGGGCAGGGCGAGUCGUUUAGCUCAAAGGACCGCUGCAAGAACUGCAGUGGGCACAAAGUGGAACGCAAGAAGAAAAUUCUUGAAGUCCACAUUGACAAGGGUAUGAGAGACGGUCAGAAAAUUACAUUUCAUGGCGAGGGCGAUCAGGAGCCCGACUUGGAGCCUGGCGACGUCAUCAUCGUGCUGGACCAGAAGGAGCACAGCCUUUUCAAACGGAGCGACGAUAACCUCACCAUGACCAUGAGCAUCAAACUGGUGGAGGCCCUGUGUGGCUUCAAGAAAGCCAUCAGCACUCUGGACGACAGAACGCUCCUCAUCAGCUCGCAACCGGGUGAAGUUAUAAAGAACAACGACACGAAGGUCAUUCAAAACGAAGGCAUGCCAGUAUACCGCAGCCCUUACGAAAAGGGACAACUCUUCAUACAGUUCCAGGUGGAGUUUCCUGAAAAACACUGGCUCCCGGAGCAUCUCAUGUUCCAGCUGGAAAGGCUGCUUCCCCCCAGGGAGGACGUGUUGAUCGCCGACGACACGGAGGAGGUGGAGCUCUGCGAGGUGGACGAGCGCUCACAGCAGCGGAACUACGGCGGAGAAGCUUAUGAUGAAGACGAGGAGGGUCCCAGAGGUGGGGUGCAGUGUCAGACACAGUAGUCUGCCCCGCAGCGGACAAAUUGCAUAACCCGGUCCGGGGGGGUGCUUUCGUCACCGUGUUUCAACUGGAGGUGAUUGAGCAACCCCGCCCUAGUUUUAGGUUAUUCCAGGAACCACUGAGAUGGAAACAUAACUUGACAGCCAAGUGGCACAGUUCAGUUGAGAAAAAAAAACGGAUCUGGCUUUUUUUGUUUCACCAGAUUAUUCCACAAGAAGUGCUGACAUAAAUGACAAGUGCAUCCUAUCUCCACCAUCAUCACUUUUUUAAGGCACACUGACCUAUGCGACCAAAGGCUACUGAAACUGUCGUGCAGUGUGUCGUUGUGCAAUUAGUUUUGCUGUGGUUGCAAAUCUGAAUUGCCACGGAACGGCAUCACAAAUGGAACGGCCAAACAAAAAUGCCAUGUUGAAUCUUUUUUUUUUUCCCCCCCCCCUACAAAAAUAUUUCCUUGGCACUAAGCCAAUGCUUUUUUUCUCUUAAUACGUAAGCUGUGACUAAAAAGUAAAACAUGGAGAGUCUCCAUUGCUGAAAUUCAUGACUGCAGUCAAUGAAUGGCGCGAUCGUUGCCAACAGCCUCUUAAAUGUCCACACGCUUGCCUUAACUUAUAUCCGUAUAGCUACAACAGGCAGGACAAUCUCACCAUUUAUAGUUCAAUAAAAGUUAAUGUCUGUGGCGCCUGAAAAGAAGAGGGCUCACAAUUCUCCAUUGCAGCUAUUUGAUAUCUCCGAGACAGGGUUGCAGACACUGGUUUGUUAGCAAUUGCCCAGUUCAGUCGCGUCGCUCGGUGUGUGGCGGACCUCAAAUUCACCUUUCAUAUUCCAGUAUUUCCAUUUCCUAUGUUGCGAGCGAGCUGCCAUAGGUCUCCAGCCACCACCGCAAUCAAAGGCUGCUCUUAGGUGACGUUCUCAUUUUUAGGAAAGAAAUUAAAAUGUACUGAACUGUACCACUUGGUGAAAAUAUUGCUUUUAUUUAAUGCUCCUACGAAUGGAUUGACAUGGUUAUGCAAGGUGUGUUUCUGUCAUAAAAACACUGUGUACCUGUUGCCAGUCUUUUCUAUAUGUUAACUUUCCCCAGACAGCUGUAUUGUUAAGAAGUUUAAAGGACGACUUUGUAUGCUUUCUGUGAAGGUCAUUUCAGUCAUAGCAA